AUGUCAAGACCGGAAGAGCUUGCUCCACCUGAGGUAUUUUACAAUGAUACAGAAUCUUUCAAAUACACGUCGUCUACACGUGUGCAGCAUAUUCAAGCCAAGAUGACCUUGAGAGCCUUGGAACUUUUGAACUUGGAAAAGGAACAGCCCCAUUUCUUACUAGACUUGGGUUGUGGCUCUGGUUUAUCAGGAGAAAUAUUGACCGAAGAAGGUUACAACUGGAUAGGGAUGGAUAUUUCACCUAGUAUGUUGGCCACAGGUUUGGAUAGAGAUGUUGAAGGAGACCUUUUCUUAAGUGAUCUUGGUAAUGGUGUGCCGUUCAGAGCUGGCACUUUUGAUGCAGCUAUUUCUAUUUCUGCCAUUCAGUGGUUGUGCAAUGCUGACACAGCUGGUGUAGAUCCUAAGAAGAGAUUGUUGUGUUUUUUUAAUACGUUAUACUCGUCAUUGAGAAGAGGAGGAAAAUUUGUGGCUCAGUUCUAUCCUAUGAAUGAUAGUCAAACUGAAGCUAUACUAGGUGCUGCUAAAGUUGCUGGUUUUGGCGGUGGCUUAAUCAUCGACGAUCCAGAUUCAAAAAGACACAAGAAAUAUUACUUGGUGUUGACUGCUGGUCUUUCUGAAAGAACGGUUAACUUGACUGGUGCUACUAUGGAGGCUCCUGUCAUGAACAAGAAGGUGAACAAGAAAUUGUUAAGAAAGAUGGAGUCCGGCAAGGAUUUCAUCAAUAGAAAGAAGGAGACCAUGAAGAGAAGAGGUAAGAAGGUUGCCCUUGAUUCCAAAUUCACUGGUAGAAAGAGACGUCCUCGUUUCUAG